AUGGUAGAGCUGAAGGAGAAAAUUAAAGUGAAAAAUGAGAACAUGGCUUUUGCUAUGAAGUAUAUAAAGAAGAAGCAUGUAGUGGACACCAAACAACAAGAACAUAUCUAUUCUGAGAAGAAAAUCCUUGAGCAGAUAUGUUCUCCAUUCAUUGUAAAACUAUAUCACACAUUCAAAGAUAGUAAGUAUGUAUACAUACUACUGGAGGCUUGCCUUGGAGGGGAAUUAUGGAGCUUGCUGAGAGACAGAGGCAGCUUUGAUGAAGCUACUACCAAGUUCUGUGUUGCGUGUGUGACAGAGGCUUUUGACUAUCUACAUCACAUAGGGAUUAUCUACAGAGAUCUGAAGCCAGAAAAUUUACGUUUGGAUGCUGAAGGAUAUAUAAAACUGGUUGAUUGUGGAUUUGCAAAGAAGAUCGGAUCAGGGCAGAAAACCUGGAGAUUUUGUGGAACCCCUGAGUAUGUUGCCCCUGAAGUAAUUUUGAGUAAAGGCCAUGACUUCAGUGUGGAUUUUUGGUCCCUUGGAAUUCUUGUGUAUGACCUCCUUACUGGCAGUCCACCAUUCUGUGGGGCUGAUCAAAUGAUGACAUAUAAUUUGAUUCUCAAAGGCAUUGAGAAGCUGGAUUUUCCUAAAAUAAUAACAAGACGACCUGAGGAUUUGAUCCGCAGACUCUGCAGCAUGGUGUAUUCUGAUUAUAUUCAGUACACAUGCAUGCCUCUGAGUGCAAAAUCCUACAAUCUGAGGAAUGGAAUUAAUGACAUCAAGAAGCACAGGUGGUUUUGUGGUUUUAACUGGGAUGGUCUGAAAGUGAGGAAAUUAACAUUACCUUUAAAAAGAGAGUUGUCUGGACCGACUGAUUACAGCUACUUUGACAGCUAUCCACCUGAAGAGGGAACCCCUCCAGAUGAACUUUUAGGCUGGGACAAGGAUUUCUGA